AUGGCCGGAGAAAGUGAAACAAGUGUGAGUACCGAAAGUGAGGCAAAGCGACUGGUCGGUACCAAUGACCCGUACGGCGGCGUGAUCGUCCACAUCAAUGAGCCUAUGGACCCUGCUACCUUCCUUUCUCUUAUUACCUCUUCAAUUGCGCAUUGGAAGCUACAGGGCAAGAAGGGUGUUUGGAUCAAGUUGCCUUUAGAUCGAGUCAAUCUUGUCGAAGCAGCGGUGAAGGAAGGAUUCUGGUACCACCAUGCGGAGCCUGAUUAUUUGAUGCUGGUGUAUUGGAUUCCUCAGACCCCUCAUACCCUUCCUGCUAAUGCCACCCACCGAGUAGGAAUUGGCGCAUUUGUCAUCAACCCUAACAGAGAGGUGCUAGUAGUCCAAGAAAAGAGUGGACUGUUACGGGGGACAGGUGUAUGGAAGUUUCCUACGGGAGUUGUAGAUGAGGGAGAAGAUAUUUGUGCAGCCGCUGUGAGAGAAGUCAAAGAAGAAACGGGAAUUGACUCGGAGUUUGUGGAAAUUCUAGCAUUCAGACAAAGCCACAAGUCAUUUUUUGAGAAGUCAGAUUUAUUUUUUGUGUGCAUGAUGCAACCCCUCUCCUUUGACAUCCAAAAGCAUGAUCAAGAGAUAGAAGCAGCUCAGUGGAUGGCAUUUGAGGAAUAUGCAGCCCAACCAUUUGUCCAGAAAAACGAGCUUCUAAACAACAUCAAUGACAUAUGCAAAGCGAAGAUCGAUGGGCAGUAUUCUGGAUUUUCUCCAGUACCUACAAUGAGUUUUUCUGAUCAGAAGAUGAGCUACUUGUACUUGAAUGGUAAAGCAACCAAGAGAGACAGCAGAGGUUGA